AUGUGCAGCAACAUGAAUGUUACUAAUCAAGUCAAUGCCAAAACAUCCAAUGUACUUGAUAGUUUUAAUUACUGCAAAAACUACGUUAAGCUUGAGACGGAUGCCUUCAUUGUAGCCGCAACAAUGAAACAUUUUGAAAUCACGAGUUUAGAGGAUCCUGUUGAUCAGUUCAUUCCUGCGUCCAUCCUGCAAGGAACACGAAGUACCAGACGACUUUGGCUUCAUGAGCAAGUAAAGGCAAUCUUGAAAAAAUAUGUCAUGGAUGGUCAAGAGCAAUUCCACCAGUCAAUGAAGUGAUAGAAAUGAAUAGGCCAAAAGUGUACCACUGUAGUGUUUGUGGCAAGGAGUACAGAUAUGAGAAGGCGCGAGAUAACCACGAAGCCAGAGUGCAUUCUGUUAACACCUAUCCUGUGGAAGAGGCCAGCAACUCCUCCAACACAGCAGAAUCCCCAUCAGAAGAACAAACCCCACCAGCAGAACAAACAACAGAUGACAGGUACAAUUAUGCCACUGCACUCUUGAAUUUUGGCAUGAUUGUGUUUAAUUUUGAUGAUGCAGUUAAAGAGGGGGAUGUGGAACGGAUUUUAAGGUGCUGGCAAUUUAUGAUGCAAAUUUUCCGCGCUUACAAGCACACUAAAUGUGCAUUCGCUGCAUUGCAGCUAUUCUUUUUUUCUUUUUCUUAA